AUGACAGUUGAUGAUUUAAUUAAAACGAUCGGUGAUGAAGAUGAGAUACCAGAUUAUUCAGAGUCAUCAGAAGAAGAAGAGGAAUUGCAGCCUAAGGCAAGGAAAAGUAAGAAAAAUAAGGACUUCCAUAAUGGAUUUGAAUUUGUUUCGUCACUGAGUGAAUACAACAAAGAUCCAUGGGACGAUCUAUACAAAUAUGUCAAGAGGAAAGCAAAGAACAAAACGGACGAGAAAAUCAAAAAUGCUAGAGAAUCGUUAAAGAAAACAGAAGCAGAGGAUAAUGAUAAUGAAGAGAAUGAUGUGGAGGAAAACGUCGAAGAAAAAGAGCUCGAGAAUGGCUCUGCUGAUUCUGAACUUUCUGCUGAUGAGCUUGUACAUGAUACUUUGAAAGAAAAGACCAAAAAGAUUGGUAAAAAGAAGUUAAAGAGAUUGAAAAAAGCCGGUUUGGAAAUUAAAGAUGAAGAAAGCGAAUCGGAAGAUGACAAAGAGAAAGUUAUAUUCGAUGAUGCACCACCAUGCGACGAGUCUUUGUCAUUUUAUGAAAUGAACCUCUCCAGGCCUAUUCUUAAGGCCAUCCAAGCAAUGAAAUUUGUUCAUCCAACGCCUAUUCAAUCUCAAGCAAUCCCAGUAGCCCUGGAGGGUAGAGAUAUAUGUGGCUGUGCACCGACUGGUACUGGUAAAACUGGUGCCUUCAUGAUUCCUACGCUGGAAAGGCUGGUGUAUAAGCCGACCGGAGUAGCCUCUGUCACCAGGGUGCUCUGUUUGGUUCCGACUCGUGAAUUGGGAGUGCAGGUAUAUCAGGUUACGAAGCAGCUUGCGCAGUUCACUAGGAUAGACAUUGCCCUGGCGGUCGGAGGACUGGACGUCAAAGCACAGGAAGCUGUCCUGCGCAAGUCACCUGAUGUGGUAAUCGCUACUCCCGGAAGAUUGAUUGACCAUUUGAAGAACACGCCUGGUUUUUCUCUGGACAAUGUUGAAGUGCUUAUUAUUGAUGAAGCCGACAGGAUGUUGGAUGAGAACUUCAAGGAACAAAUGAAAGAAAUUAUGCGGUGUUGUUCGCGAACAAGGCAGUGCCUCUUAUUUUCUGCGACUAUGACUGAUGGUGUUGAAGAACUAGCCACAGUUUGCCUCAAUAGACCUAUAAAAUUGGGAGUGGAUACUAGCAACGCUCUCAAACAAGAAUUUGUUAGAAUAAGAAAUGAAGGCGAUCGAGAAGCAAUUUUGGCCGCCCUUGUGUGCAGAACAUUUAGAGAAAACACUAUGGUCUUCGUUCAAACAAGAAAGCAGGCUCACCGGCUCCAUAUCUUGCUUGGUAUUCUCGGCGUGAAGGCAGGGGAAUUGCACGGUGAUAUGACACAGCCGCAGCGAUUAGAAGCUUUGAGAAAGUUCCGAGCUGAGGAGGUUGAUGUGUUAGUCGCUACAGACCUGGCUGCCAGAGGUCUUGAUAUAACUGGAGUGGCUACGGUUAUAAACUUCGUACUCCCAGUGAGCUUGGAACAUUACGUGCACAGGGUUGGAAGAACGGCUCGAGCAGGCAGGGCUGGUAUUUCCGUUAGCCUUGCAGGCCAGGGCGAGCGCACCCUUAUUAAGAGUAUUCUCAAGAAGUUCAAGGGGACUCCAAAGCAGCGUCUUAUACCGCAGGAAAUAUUGAAAAAAUACCGUGCUAAAGUGGAAGUAUUGGAAGAAAAAAUAAAAGGAGUAUUAGAGGAAGAGUGGUCAGAAAAAGCUUUGAAAAAAGCAGAAAACGAAGCUCUUAAGGCUGAAAAGUCUUUGAAAGGGGAAACAAAGGAGAAGAGAGACUGGUUCCAAUCUCAUAAAGAAAGAGAAGAAGAAAAAGAGAGGUUGAGAUUAGAGGAAUUGCCUAAAGGAAAAAAGAAAAAAGGACGUGCUAGCAGGAGAAAGAAGAAUAAGGGAGAGACACCCGAGGAAAGAGCUCAAAGAGAGAUAGAGAAAGUCGCCCUCUACCAAGCGAGAGAAGCCAAGAGGAAGAGGAAAGGAAACAAGUUGAUCGCUGUUCACGAUGCCGAAGGGAAGCCUCGAAGCGAAGGCCAAAAGCGUGGUGGCAAGAGAUCAGCAUUUGAUUCAGACCUGACAGACACUAGGAGGAAGAAUGUCAAGAGAUUGAGGCACGAAGCGACUCAUGAAAAGAAUUUGAUCAAGUUUGGGAGAAAAGAUAAACAACCUGGGAAGAGGAAGAAAAAAUAA